AUGGCAAAGUACGAAACUGACUUGUCACAGUCUUAUAUCCCUACAAUCUACUAUGCCAGUGUUCUGGAACUUGGCAUAAAUGGCCAUCGUAUUGAGCUCGGAUUAUGGGAUACUUCAGCUCAACCGCAAUAUGAACGUUUACGUCCACUCAACUAUCCGAAUUCUCACGUUCCGAUUAUUCUCGUUGGCUGCAAGAAGGAUUUGCGGGGGCCGUCUUCAGCCAUUCCCGGACUCAUAUCCGAUGGGCUGGUCAGUGAAGAGGAAGGACAUCAGGUGGCUCGAAGCAUCGGAGCGUUGAAGUACAUGGAGUGUAGUUCCAAGACAGGAGAAGGCGUGGAUCGGGUCCUGAAUGAAGCUGCACUGGCAUCAUUGUCGCGAACGGAACGGGCCGGGAGUCCAGAAAUGUGUCGGCGUGCUACACGGGCGGUAUCAUUUGAGAGCCAGAAAGACAAGGGCCCUUAUUUUCUGGUCCUGAGUUGUACUAUUGACUCGGUGGGAGGCAUAGGGGGACAGAUAUACGCGUCACAUUCAAAUAGAAUAAUCGUAUCCCAUCUUCGGGGACAUCUCUUGCAGAGCGCCACUCCCAGUCAUUCCUUGGAAUUGUUGCAACCGAACGCAGCAAGCCUCAUCACCGUCGCGUCGAACUAUACUUCUACGAACGGCACAAGAGACUGGGUAACAUCAUUGAUAAGCCGUGUUAUGGUCUUGACAGUCCCUCAUUUUCGACGGAAGCUGGCUAUUGUUGGUGAUGCACGGUGCGGUAAGACUUCGUUGAUACAGAGAGUUGCUUUUCGUUACUAUCCUAUAGAGGGAACCCCUACGUACUAUAUUAUAGAGAACCCUGUGGAGGAAAUCGAAAUUGAAUGUCAUGGUACCGCGGAACUUGCGCUCUGGGAGACAUCGGAUCCGUACUUUCACCUGCAGUCCAUGACAUAUUCCAAUGUGAAUGCAAUUCUCCUAUGCUUCUCGAUCGCACAACCCUCGAGUUUGAACAAUAUAUGCGACAAGUGGCUUCCACAGGUGCUCCAUUUCUGUUCAAGUCAGGUUGUCUCAUUCAUUGUUGUCAGUCUGAAGAAGGAUCUGAGGAAUGACGAGACUGAUAGCAAUAUAUUCAGCUAUGAACAAGGCGAGGCAAAAGCAAAGCAGGCUGGUGCGUACGCAUAUGUGGAAUGCAGCGCUAAAACUGGUGAAGGAGUGCACGAGGUCUUUGAGCAAGCGACUCGAUCAACCUUACCACCACCUAAUAGGAAGAAGAAUAAUCGAGCGGG